AUCCCAUCUCUCAUCCCUCUAUCUAUUAAGAUUCAAGAUUUUGCAGGUGGGUUGCUGGCUCAUGUCAGAUCUGCUCUAUCUUGAAUCUUAAUAGAAAUAUCUUUUAAAUUAAGAUUUAAUUUCCGAUAUGAACAGAAACACCAACACCCUUCGUGUAGAUCCCGCCUCCAGAAUCUUCCCUGUUUGUGAAUCGAUAGAUAUGGACAUGGAUAUGGAUUUAGAUACAGAUAUCGACCACUUCGACCGCCUUCCUGAUUCUCUUCUUUUAUUAGUUUUUAACAACAUCGGUGACGUUAAGGCUCUGGGUAGAUGCUGUGUGGUUUCUCGCCGUUUCCACUCUUUGGUUCCUCAAGUUGAAAACGUCGUCGUUCGGGUUGAUUGUGUUAUCUCUGACGACGAUUCUUCCUCUUCUACCUCCGAAAAAUCUCGAUCUCCUUUUUCCAAUCUUUUUCGUUUGGUGUUUGGUGGGAUCGUCAAACCUCUGCAAGCCCUUGGCCAAUUUUUGGGUCCCAAAAGAACCCCCCAAUUUCACCAUAACAAUCAUCUCAACAACACCAACGCCGCGGCCCUGUGUGCAGCCUCAGCCGCAGCCUCUACUUCUGGCUCUACCUUAUCUGUUGGUAACCACACCAACCACCACGAUGAUGACGGAGAAAUCGAUCAAGCCGGUGUCACCCACCACUCUCCCACUCAAGUUUUGAAGAAUUUCAACGAGAUUCGUUUUCUCCGAAUCGAAUUACCCAGCGGAGAACUCGGGAUCGACGAUGGCGUGUUAUUGAAAUGGAGAGCUGAUUUUGGUUCAACGCUUGAUAACUGUGUCAUUCUUGGGGCUGCAUCCGUUAUAAAUAACGCCUACAAAUUUCAUCAUGAAAAUGAAGCACAGGUUUCUUGUGUUACUGAUGAUAAUGGAAGUAUACCCGAGUCCUUUUACACCAACGGUGGGUUGAAAUUACGAGUUGUUUGGACAAUUAGUUCCUUGAUUGCUGCAUCUGCUAGACAUUAUUUACUUCAACCCAUAAUAGCUGAGCACACGACGCUGGAUAGUUUGGUUUUGACGGACGCUGACGGGCAAGGAGUGUUAUGUAUGAAUAGGGAGCAGCUAGAGGAGCUUAGAGUGAAGCCAUUGUCGGCUUCUUCUGCUUCGAAGAGGACGCUGGUACCAGCCCUUAAUAUGAGGCUCUGGUACGCGCCCCAUUUAGAAUUGCCAAAUGGGGUUGUUCUGAAAGGAGCAACUUUGGUUGCUAUUAGGCCUACUGAUCAGUCUGCCGCGAAGAAGGACGUGGCUGAUGGCUCCUGGGUCGCAUCUGCUUUCGAGGAACCAUAUGGGACCGCAGCCAAGAUGCUUGUCAAGAGGAGGACUUACUGUUUGGAGAUGAACUCUUUCUGAUGGGGGUUUACAGGCUCAGGUAAAGCACAAUGGCUGGAUGUAAAAGGUUGUGGAUGCUUUCGGGAAGGGAAAUUUCAGAGAACAGUUUUGUAUUAUGUGUAGCCUAGAUUGGGUGAAUCGUCCUGUGAAGUUAAAUCUUGCUUCGGACUUCAGCCAAAAGACCCAUCAUAGGUUAAUAAUGUGCUGGAAAUCUUUCAUCUUUUGUGCUUAAAGUAAUAGUUUGAAUGCAUCUGCUGGUUGUUUUGUUUCAGGCACAUGCUUGUAAGAGUGCACACAUGCAACUAGAUUGAUGUUGUAAGAGCUUUGAGUUUGUAGUCUUUUUCUUCUAUCUGUAAUUUCUCUAUAUGUGAAUAGUGUAGGUAUCAGCAUGUUAUGCUUAUGUUAUAUACUCUAGACGUUCCCUGAUCAAUUUAGUUUGCCAUGAGCUUAAAACAA